AUGUCGAAAAUGUUGAACAAAUUUGUAAUUAUUCUGAUGGUCUCUACACUCGCCAGCAAUCAAGUCACUGCUGCUCGUGCUCCUGCUCCUGCUCCUGCUGCUGGCCCUGCUCUCUACACAAUCGAGGGCAGUAUCCUGCCGCUUGAUCCAGCAGUGCGCGUCCCUGAGCGCUGGCCGGCCGACGUAAGCGUCGCGCUCAACGGCGGCGAGUAUCUGGGCUUCGUGCAGGUUGAUGGCAGCUUCCGGAUUAGCGGCGUGCCCUCUGGCAGCUAUGUGUUGUACGCCCAUCAUGCGGACAUAUUCUUUUCGCCGAUCCGCAUCGAUAUUGCCCACAAUGGGAAGUUUCGGGCACGCAAGCUGAGCCACCUUAGGCCGUCGCAGGUCGUAAAGCUGCCCUAUCCGCUGAUGCUGACGCCGGGCAUGCCGCGCCGAUACUUCCGCACCCGGGAGCAGUGGAACAUAUUGGACUACAUGCUGAAUCCAAUGGUGCUGCUGAUGGUGGUGCCCCUCAUCCUGAUGCUGCUGCUGCCGCGACUCAUCAACGACCCGGAAACCAAGCGCGAGAUCGAGAACAUUCAGUUCCCCAAGAUAGCCACAGGUAUGCCCGAUCUCAGUGAUAUGAUCACCUCGUUCUUAACCGGCAACCAACCCGUGGAGAAGGCGAAGAAGCCCAGCCGAAAGCGCAACUAG